AUGGCUCCUACCACCAUCAUUGGUCUGAUUGCGUGGGUUGUGGGUAUCCAUCCGCACCUUUCAGCCAAGGUUCCGGCUACCAAGUCGCUCGGUGAGCCCUGCCUGGGCCAGCGUUCGUCAUGGAGACCAAUGAAAGCCGUGUCUGAGCAGCGGGAGCCCGAGGGCCAGAAGCUGUUGUCAGACUGCCUGGCCCCGGCCCGUCGGGCUGAGUUGUACACCCCCCCACCAGCACGGAUGGCUUUGAUCUGGGUUGAUGCCGUUUCACUGGGUACACUACUGGCCGAGGGAGGUAGGCGUGAUGCGGGAGUGAGGGAGUGGGUGGUGGUGCUGCUGCAAGUCGCAAAGCUUCACUGA